AUGUUCGAGUCGCUGCUCACCGAGAGGUUUAGCAAUGGCUUUGACGUUGUUUUGGCCAUCGCGUUGCUUCUGUCGACCAUCUUCACUAUCAUCUUGUUGACCCUGCCGUCGCAGUAUGACCCGUACUUGGACAGGCCACUCAAGGCGGUGGACGAGGAGGGCAACAAGGUCAAAGUGAAAGGGAAAGAUGGUAGCGAUUCGAUUGAUUUCAAACCAGGGAGGACGGUGCAGAUAAUCGUCUUAGGAGACAUUGGACGCUCACCCCGCAUGCAGUAUCAUGCUUUGAGCAUUGCCAAACACGGCGGAAGGGUGUUUCUGAUCGGCUAUCAGGAGUCGGAAGUGCACCCGGAUAUUGUCUCCAAUCCGUUAAUCGAGGUUGUGGCACUGGUGCCAGCACCUUCUUACCUCCGUUCCAGCAGCAAACUGCUGUUUCCUAUUCUGGCACCAUUGAAAGUACUAUGGCAGGUCAGAAGUCUAUACCGCGCUCUCUGCUACCGCACACAGCCUGGACGAUGGAUGCUUGUACAGAACCCUCCUUCGAUACCUACCCUGGCUGUGGCGAGUCUAGUAUGCUUCAUUCGGAACACGCAGUUAGUGAUCGACUGGCACAACUUUGGCUACUCGAUCCUCGCACUCAAACUCGGUAAUAGCCAUCCGCUUGUCAACAUCUCCGCUUUAUACGAGAGACUGUUCGCAAAGGCAGCUAAACACCACUUCACCGUUACCCGCGCAAUGGCACGUGUACUUAAAGACUCGUAUGGUGUCACCGCUCAAACCUUACAUGACCGUCCAGGCCCGAUGUUUCGACCCAUUGACUCUUUAGAACGACACGCCUUUCUUUCUCGACUGCCAGAUACCGCGCAAUUUGCGCAAGAUCUUACGAGUCCAACCAAAACACCAUGGAAGCUAAUCGUAAGCUCGACAUCCUGGACUGCAGAUGAAGACUUUUCUAUUCUACUUGACGCUCUGUGUGCCUAUUCAGCACAGGUCACUGCAAAUCCUGGGCUGCCGAACAUCUUGGCCAUCAUCACCGGCAAGGGUCCGCAGAAGGAACACUAUCUCGCCAAGAUCCGCGUUUUAAACCAAGAGAAGAAACUGUCAAAUGUCGUCAUAAAGACAGCAUGGCUUACGUCUGAAGACUACGCAACGCUUCUUGCUGCCGCUGACCUGGGCGUGUCGCUGCACACAUCUUCGUCUGGCGUCGACUUGCCCAUGAAAGUUGUCGACAUGUUUGGUGCAGGAUUGCCCGUCGUAGGGUGGGGCAAGUUUGAGGCCUGGCCUGAGCUAGUCAGAGAAGAUGUCAAUGGGAAAGGGUUCGAGAGCUCCCAGCAGCUGGCGGAGCAGCUCUUGAGCUUGUUCGGUGAAAAGGUGAACUUGUUGGAGACAUUGAAGAAGGGCGCGCUCGAGGAGAGUAAAAACAGAUGGGAUGAAGAAUGGGAUCGCGUUGGUGGAAGGAUGUUUAGGUUGGUCGAUUGA